AUGCCUUUUAACAUGCUCACCUUGACCGGUCAUCAAUGCCUGGACAUCGUUUUUGCGAUUUCCCUUCUGUGUUGGGCAGAAUGUAGCCCCACUCAGCAGGAAGAAAUGGCUCCAACCGAAGUACAGUUUCAAUCUUUGGACUUCCGAAAUGUCUUACAUUGGAAACAUCAGCACAAAGCUUCCAAAAACUUGAAAUAUUUUGUUCAGCAUAAAAUACAUGGAGACAAAGAGUGGAGCAAUUCCAAACAUUGUCAGGGCAUCCGGACGCUACAGUGUGACCUGACGCAGGAGACAUCGGACCCCAGAGAAUGGUACUACGCCAGGGUCCGCUCGCUCUCCCCUGAGGGCUUCUCUUCAUGGGCCAUCAGCCACAGGUUCUACCCUCAGUGGGAAACCAACUUCAGCCCACCGCAGAUAAAGGUUACUGUGGCAGGAGGACAGACCAUUAAAGUUCAGAUCAAACCUCCGAGAACUCCACUGAGAGGACACAACGGCAACAGGAUACGAGUGACAAAACUGCACAAACUCACCUUCAGAAUAUUUCUGAUGCACAAUGACGUAGAAGAGGAAGUUCAUGAAACAGACAGUUGCUCCAAGGAACUUGUAAUUGAGGGUCUCCGUCGGAAAACCACCUACUGCCUUCAGGCUCUGUCUGUUACUCCUCGCUCGGGCCGCAUAAGCUCGCGGAGUCCCAGGACCUGCAUCACCACUCACUGAGGGUUUAUAGUGGCUCCCACAGGGUAAGGUUGCCUCAGGACCUCUGUUUGACUGAAAAUGACUCUACGCACACACACUACCUUAAAGAAUGUCUGAAAAUGUUCACUAACGUCAUGUUUACUACAAACCUGGCCUUGCCUUUGGGUUACAUUUAAAGCUGAAGUGUGUAAUUUCUAGGCCAUAAAAGGGAAUGGCAAAAAUAAUGAGUGUUUACACACUGAUUUCCUUUCAGUGGUUGGACAAACUCAGCUCACACCACUGGUUUGAGCCAAUAGUAGUGUGCAAAGAGUCAAAGGAAUUUCAAAAGAAUGCUGUAGGAAAUCAAUGAAUGACUUGUUUGUCUUAUUUAGUAUCAAAUUAGGCUAAUUAAUGUAAAAAUAAAAACACGUUUCAGGCUAAUGACUGGUUAAAAACAGUAUGAACUAAUAGUCAUUUAGAAACUGAACACCAGUCAGUAGUUAAACAAUACAAUGCACAAUAUUCACUCUUCAAAAUACAUAGAAACAUACACUAGAUAUCGCAGACAGACUCUGAGCAAUAGUGCCGCCACAUUUGUACAGUGCUCCCAGGACAAAUGUCAUUCAAGCGCACUAGUCAACCGCAAAGCCAAUGUGAAAAUGCUGGACUGCCUACGAGUGUAGUAACAAGCAAACAAAGCAUGAAGGCAGAACAUUUCAUAGGUAAUAUUUCUUUAUUAAAGUUUUUGUAUGUUACGAAACAAGUCACCUUAUUGAUGAUAAUACAGCCUCUUACUGCACUGACCAUAAGGCAAAGUAGCACCAACUCACACUAAAUACAAGGCUUAUACUAGUUUUGGUGAAUAGAAUAAGCAAACAAUGUAAAUUAAAUAUGAAAACAAGAUGCUGAUGCCAGAAACUUGUAAUAUUUUUGGCUAAUUGAACGAGUCGUUCAUAACUGCACCUUGGUCUCACAUUCAUUUCAAAGGAGUGCUACCCUGUACUAAAAUGGCGGCUCUAUUGACGCAUUCCUUCCAAUAGGCAACAAAAGCGUAGGCGACAUCUAAUGUAAAUAUCUAUGUUCAAAAUACAUAUUUAUUUUUUGCAGCGACCAAACGAUCAUUAUUAAAGGAACAGUUUUUUCAUAAUGUUAUGUUAAGAAUGUGAUCAAUAACCAAAAACAUUUGUAGAAUACAAAGGUUUUUGGUUAACAGAACCAUCACUGUCAUUUAAGGACCUUUAUUUUAAGAGUGUUAGCCUGCAACCUAUAAAGAA